AUGUCUGUAAAUUCAACGAUUGACCACUGCAAAGCUCCCCAUCGAUUCACAUAUGAAGUCCUCUCCUGGGUGAUGGUUGUGGAGUACGUGCUGGGUCUGCCUCUCAACCUGUCGGUCCUCUACAUCUUCAUCUUCAGGUACAAGUUCUGGAAGAACAAAAGUAUCUUCCCGUUCAAUAUUGUGGUUGCGGACUUCUUGCUGAUGGUCUGUCUUCCUGCCAAGGCUUACCAUUACCGACAUGGCCAGAGACGCAGCCCAAUUAAAGCCGUGUGUAAGACGAUGCACUUCUUGCUGUGUCUCAACCGAGGGGCCAGCAUCGCCUUCCUCAUCACGCUCUCCAUCGACCGAUACUUCAAUGUGGUUCAUCUCGGGAGGAGGAACUUUGUCAAAGUGCUGAAGAAAACGCCUCAAAUCUCCAUCCUCAUCUGGGUUAUCUUGCUGCCCCUCACCAUCCCCACUAUGGUCAACACCUUCGAGUGCUGCAACAGCUGGAACAAUGAAACUUUUCUAAACGAUGUGACGGAUUUCUUUAGAGAGAUUGUCUACUUCGCGCAGAUCCUCAUCCCCUUCAUCAUCCUCGUCUACUGCAGUGUGCGCAUCGUGAACCGGCUGCGGAGGAAGACCGUGGGCGAGAAGACCAAACUGAGGCGAGCGGUGCUGGUGGUCAUAUCUGUCGUUGUCGUGUUCACCCUCUGCUUCCUGCCAAUCACUAUAGCCAGAGUGGUGCUGCUGGUUGCCAGGCUUCAGAAAUGGCAGAGCAAGAACGUUGUGGUUCAGGUGUACGACAGCCUCAUGGUGCUGUCUUACAUCGACUGCCUGCUGGACCCGCUGGUUUACUGUUUCUGUAUCUCGGGUUUUAAAGACGCUUACAUUUCCACCUUCUGUCCAACGUUUCUUAAGAAGAAACUGUUGAAAGCUGAACAACCACAAUAG